UAAUCAAUAACACAAAUAAAAAGGUGAAAAGAUUUCAUAGAUUAGAUUCGAGUGUGGUGUCGCAGCAUUACACCUGUUUUUAUAUAUGACACGAGGAACAUGGCGGAAUGACCUGCUCAACGUCAGGAAACACUGGAAGAACAUGCUCAGCAACCGAAACCAAACAUCCCGAAAACCUGCGACGCCUCGUCAGACCGCUCAGAUCCUCAUGAUGGCGCUCACUCUGGGUCAUCACUAACAACAGAUAAAAUAAGUUUGUAUUCAGACUCAAAUGCAUAAAAUUCCAGCCCCAGAGAAGGAGAGAGAUGAGCAAGCCAAACCAUCUGAAAUUUGACCUUUGACUGUGGGGUCAAACCGUGACCUCAGCAACAUUAAAUCUGAAUGAUGUUCUGUAGCAGUCAAAUGAAAAGCUAUAAGGAAAAAACACAAACUCGGGAAAUAAUAAAAUAUUAAAAAGAACAAAAUGAAAAGAGAAAUUGAAAUAAAAACCUUCAGAUUUCAUCAGACUGUACAUGGCUCCACCCCCGUCACCUGUGAUGAAAUGACUGUUUUCAUGCAGAGUCCAGAUUUCUCAGUACUAAAGUAAAAGUACCUCAAAGGAGUACUUCACAGUACACUAAACGUUACUUUCCAGACUGAAGUCAGAUGAAUACAUCAGCAGAGAUCAGUCUGAAUCCUUUAACGAGUUUUAUUACAUCAUCACUCCUUCAGCCAAUCAGUGAGCUGGGGCCUGCUGGGUGCUGCUUUGGAGUCACAAGUGCUGAACCAGGAUCAGCCUCUAAUCUCACCUCAGAUUAGCUGCAGAGUCCUGCAGUACUCGCAGAACACACGCCAUUUACACGCCACGCCACACGCAACAUGUCACUCAGCGGCGCUGCAGCCAGCAGCCCCCCCUGGAGGAACCACAGCUUCAUCCUGGGAGGGGGGCGAGAUCCCCCCCUGACCGACCAGGGGGAGACCAUCAUAGGAGUCUACCUACUGCUGCUGGGAUGGAUGUCCUGGUUCGGAAACAGCAUCGUCCUCUUCGUCCUCUACAGGCAGAGAGCCUCACUGCUGCCCACCGACUACCUAACCUUUAACCUCGCCGUCUCAGACGCCAGCAUUUCCGUGUUCGGAUACUCCAGAGGAAUCAUCGAGAUCUUCAACGUCUUCCAGGAUAGCGGCUACCUCAUCUCCUCCAUCUGGACCUGCCAGGUGGACGGGUUCUUCACGCUGGUGUUCGGUCUGAGCAGCAUCUACACGCUGACCGUGAUCAGCAUCACACGCUACAUCAAAGGAUGCCACCCAAGCCGAGCGCAUUACAUCACCAGGACCAGUGUGUUCGUGUGCCUGUUGCUCAUCUGGAUCUCAGCUGGAUUCUGGUCAGGGGCGCCGCUGCUCGGCUGGGGCAGCUACACAGAUCGCGGCUACGGGACCUGUGAGAUUGACUGGGCCAAGGCAAACUACUCGAGCGUCUACAAGUCCUACAUCGUCUCCAUCUUUGUGUGCUGCUUCUUCGUCCCCGUGCUCGUCAUGCUGUUCUGCUACGUUUCCAUCAUCAACACGGUGAAGCGAGGCAACGCGCUGUCGGCUGAGGGAGACCUGACCGACCGCCAGCGGAAGAUCGAGAGAGACGUGACCGUCGUUUCCAUAGUGAUCUGCACGGCCUUCAUCCUGGCCUGGUCACCGUACGCCGUGGUGUCCAUGUGGUCCGCCUGGGGUUUCCACGUGCCCAACCUCACCAGCAUCUUCACCCGCCUCUUUGCCAAAUCUGCCAGUUUCUACAACCCACUCAUCUACUUUGGUCUCAGCUCCAAAUUCCGCAAAGAUGUGGCGGUCCUGCUGCCGUGCACGCGUGACGCCAAAGACACCGUCAAGCUGAAGCGUUUCAAACCCAAGGUUGACGGUCGCCUUGCCACAGGAGGCGGAGCCAGAUUCAAAGUUCCUCUGAGCCGGCCUGAAAAGAAGUACUCGUUAGUGAACCAUCCCCAUGAGGCCCCGACCGCGGACUCGGGAGCAGUGAGUCCACCAUCCACGCCGCCACCCGUCAACAAGGAGGUGUUCUACAUCAACAUGCCCCGCCCCUCUGAGACCAGUUCUGGCUUUGAAUGCGAGAGACUCUGAUGGACGACUGAAAUGGUCAAUCGAUCCUCGUUAAGUCUGGUCUAUAGAGACUCCGCCCCAUCGAGUGCUCACAUCGUUCUAUUUGGUGAGCAAGGAGUGGAGGUUAGUGUUAGACACCUGUGUGUGACCACGAGGAGAGGAAGAGCCCAUAAAACCCUGAUGAUGUUUUAUAUAAAGUCUCAGUUUUGAUAACCACUCAGUGUGAAUUUGAUUGAGUCACAUGUUUCAAUAAAGUUUUUUUAGG